CAGACACAUUCAUAUCGUUAAUUGAUAUUUUUGAUGAUUGUUUUAUUAAUAGUCAAUAUUAUUUGAAAAUGAUUUGUAUUUUCUUUUUAAUGAACUUAGGAAUCAAUCGUAUAUAUCAUAUGAAAUUGAUACAUGAGCGGGUCAAGCAGCUUCUACCUCUUAUGUGUAAAGCAGCAAGUGAAAGUAUGACAAGUGAAAGUAUGAGUUUUAAUAAAAGAAAGAAAUUAGAAGCAACAGUGUGUGUGGUAAUAGAACGAGGGCAUAUAGAGUAUAUUACUAAUUUUCUUGGAAAUGACACAUAUCCUUUAUUUGGAGUUAAGAACAAAAAAGGCCAAAGCCCGUUUCAAAUUGCCGUUGAAUGCCGUCAACACAAAAUUUAUAAUCUUAUAUAUCUCCUCGAUCAGUUGCCCAAAAUUUGAAAUAAACUUGGCCUCGAUCAAUUCGAAAAAAUACGGAAAAGAGUGGGGUUGACAGAUGACUUUGGCAAUAAUCUGCUACAUACGGUAGCAUGUAUUACCCCAAUGUCACAAAUUGGUCACAUUCAAGGUGCAGCUUUGCAAAGAGAACUACAGUGGUUCAAGGAGGUGGAGAGCAUUGCAAAUCCCAAGGAUUGUGAAUCUGUAAACAAAGAUGAUAUGACACAACAUAAAGUAUUUACGGAGAAUCACAAAGAAUUGGGCAAAGAGGCAGAAAAGUCAAUGAAGGAAACAGCAACUUCUUGUACAGUUGUUGAUGCUCUUAUUGUCACCAUAAUGUUUGCUGCAGCAUUCACAGUUCCCGGUGAAAAUGAUAAAAAGAAAGAUGUUCCUACAUUCUUAACUAAUAAGGUAUUCACAAUAUUUAUAGUUUCAGAUGCAAUCUCACUCUUUUCUUCAACAACUUCGAUUAUCAUGUUUUUGGGCAUUCUCACGUCACGUUAUUCUGAAAAUGAUUUUUCUAAAUCCUUGCCCACCAAAAUGAUAAUAGGCCUUUUCACUCUAUUUUUAUCUAUCGCCACCAUGAUGAUUGUCUUUUCUUGUGGCCUUUACAUUAUGCUUGAUGGGAAAUCAUCAAUUGUUAUUCCAAGCAUUUUGCUUGCAGGUGUUCCAGUUACCUCGUUCAUAUGGAUGCAAUUUCCGUUGUUUGUUGAGUUAUUCAUUUCUACUUUUGGACGGGGAAUAUUUGACACGAAGAAGAAAAAGUUGAUUUGAGUUGUUUCCUAUGUUAUCUUUAGUUGGGUUUGGAUUUGCUACUAUUGAAUAAACUUGUAAAGAGAAGCCAAUUUAUGUGUUCUCUAUUUGGCCAAUUAUGUAUACGCUUUCUUUUUGACAAUUAUAUAUGCGCUUUUUAUUUGACAAUUAUGUAUGCGCUUUUGAUCCUAAAAGAAAAUUUCAACUUCAAUUUAUAUUUUUGAGUUUUCUUUUUUGGUGAAUUUCUCUUCUUUUUUUUUUUUUUGAGUUAGUUACUAAGACAAGUUCUGUAUAGGCUCUAUUUUUUUUGUCAAUAAAAUGAAUUCAUUGAAGCUACCCCAAAUGGGGAAAUGUACUACAAUGUUAUCUCAAGCAGGGAAAAACAUAACCCAGCAAGUAAAGACUAACAAAACUAAGCCAUACAUGCAUACAAAAGGAGGGCAAUAGAAGCCACUGUCGAGCCAUAACAAUUAAAAUACCGGAGGACAUCCUGAUUUAUCGCAUAAGAGAACCAAGAUCAAAGACAUCAUAUUUUUGAAAAUUACAUGUACAUCCAAAAAUGUUAACUUUGAAAAGACGAUUCACAUGUUAGUAGCUUA